AUUUACUCGCAGUACUUUGCAUUUUUUUAAAAUUGGAUGGUUAACAUUUGAUCUGCAAUCACUUGGAGAACGAAACAACUGAAGAGUGUAGAAAGUAUUUUCAAGAAUUAGCACGGCAAGUACCAACUGUUUGUUUCCUAAAUCUCCAGAAAACGUACAAGAUUUAGCGUUGAUCACCAUUGACUCCCUCGGAUUAUUGUACGUGCAGAAAUAAAGAGUUUUGGUCCCGGAUUUUCGCACAAACUUUCACAUAACCUAUCCACCGUAAUAAGCGCCGCGAUGGAAAAUCCGCUCAAAGAGAAGUUAGAUAAAACGAUUUAUUCCCCACCUGCAAAAGAGAAACGCUCCUGUUUUAACAACUUGAAGCUAUUUCUUGCAGCCUUGUCCUUCUUGUAUCUUGCAAAAGCAUUGGCUGGGAGCUAUAUGAAAAGUACUAUCACACAACUGGAGAGACGUUUUGACUUGCCUAGCUCCCUGGUUGGUAUCGUUGAUGGAAGCUUUGAAAUUGGGAAUUUGCUAGUGAUUUCAUUUGUGAGCUACUUUGGAGCAAAAUUUCAUCGUCCUAAGUUAAUCGCAUUUGGAAGCCUCACCAUGGGCCUUGGAACCUUAUUAAUAGCUAUGCCUCAUUUCUUCAUGGGGCGCUACAACUAUGAAACAGCACUUAAAUUUUCGGGCAAUUCAACCACAGGAGCCUCCCAAUGUUCAAAUGACUCCAGAAGCACAGAAUCUGUGGAGACUUCAUCUGUGCCCCUUCCCGGUUGUGAGAAAGAGGGAGGCUCGCCAAUGUGGAUAUUUCUAUUCCUUGGUAAUACUUUGCGAGGAAUAGGUGAAGCUCCAACUGGACCACUGGGGAUAUCUUAUCUUGAUGAUCAUGCCAUAGAGGAAAAUGCAUCUUUUUACAUUGGAAUUUUACACACGAUUACCCUCGUGGGCCCAGUGUUUGGAUUUUUACUAGGAUCAUAUUGUGCCAAGCUUUUUGUUGACAUUGGAUUUGUUGAUUUGGGGAGGGUUACAAUUACCCCAAAGGAUGCAAGAUGGGUUGGUGCUUGGUGGCUUGGAUUUUUAAUUUCUGGAGGAGUUGCCAUUCUUGCUGCCACCCCCCUCUUGUUCUUUCCAAGAUCUCUAACCAAGGAGUUGAGAAAGAAUGAACCGAGCAAUACCUGUGAAAAGAUGGAAUUUAUCAAAGAGGAUCAGAGCGAAGUUGCAGGAAGUGAUACUAACCCAACGGUUACUACAACAAGUAACAACAAGUGCAAACGAGGUUUUAUUUCAUCAAUAAAAUCACUGAUUACCAACCAUAUCUUUGCCCUGUAUUUGUUGUCGAUGGUCCUGCAAAGCAACUCCAUAGUUGGCUUGAUAACCUAUAAAGCCAAGUUUAUUGAGCAACACUAUGGACAGUCGGCAUCAAAGUCCAACUUCGUAAUCGGACUCAUAAACAUCCCUGCAGUGUGCCUUGGAAUUUUCUUUGGUGGUUUGGUGAUGAAAAGAUUCAAAAUGAAUAUUAUUCAAGCUGUAAAGAUGUGCAUUUGCUGCGGUACCUUGGGUUGGUUACUGUCACUCACCUACUUUGGAAUGGGCUGUGAGAAUUCUCACGUGGCUGGUUUAACCGUCUCCUAUGAAGGCAAGCCCCAUAUCUCCUUUGAGGGAGAUGGCCUGUACCAGGACUGUAACAUUGGAUGCUCUUGCUCACAAACACAGUGGGAGCCCAUUUGUGCUGGAAAUGAGAUGACAUAUGUAACACCAUGUCUCGCUGGGUGCAAGACAUCUUCUGGAGUGGGGAAGAAUACAGAGUUCCACAACUGCAGCUGUAUUUCUGCUCUGAUGGCCACAAAUUCUUCAGCCCGUCUAGGACAAUGUCCUAAAUCAGCCGAUUGUGAAAAAUAUUUCUUCUACUACGUGGCAUUUAGUGUUCUGAGUGCUUUUAGUUCCUCCUUUGGCUCUGUUCCCGGAUACAUGAUCUUACUCAGAUGCACUGAACCAGAGCUAAAACCAUUGGCAAUAGGUAUACAAACCUUGAUAGUUAGAUUACUUGCUGGAAUCCCAGCUCCAGUUUACUUUGGAGCUUUGAUGGACAGAACAUGUCUGAAGUGGGGGGCAAAGAAAUGCGGGGGGCGAGGGGCCUGCAGAAUUUAUGACUCUGUUGCUUUCAGGAACGUCUACUUGGGAUUGCAGGUAGCUUUGCGUGGAUUCGGUAUAAUUCUGUUUUUUGGCAUUCUGGUGCUAGUAAAGAAACGAUUUCAAGCCAAGGACCAACAUACAGCACCAAAAUGUAAUACAGAAGUCAUGCCUUUUCAGGACAAGAGUAGUGGGCCUGGUAAUGGAGAUCUUCCAGCUAGAGUAGACAUCAGUGACACAGAAAAGGAAUCGCAUUUCUAAAAUGAACUUCAUUCCUUGGUGCAAAAUGAAAUGAUAAGUUUUCAAGUUAAACAUUUUAGAAGCAAAAUGUUUUGUUUUCAUCUUUGUUAAUUAUAGAAUUGAAGUAUAUUAUGUUUUAAGAUUUGAAGAAUUACAUGAAAUAAUACAUUAACUCAGCUUUAAAUAUGUGGUAGUCAGAAAGUUGUCCAUAUCAAGUAAGAUAUUUGGACGAAAUUUAUUUUCAAAGAAGAUUUAUUGUAUCUAUGGAACAAUAACUAUUAAGUGAAUUUUAAAUAUUCUUUUAGCCUGAGCAUUGAUUGAAAACGGAGUCUAUCCCCUCUUCAGCCACAUUAAGGUGACUCUUGCCACCCCUUGUACUGCAAUGAACUUGGUAGAAAAUAGGACAAGGAUUCGCGACAAGCCUGUUUUGUGGCAACUUUCAACUGAAGGGUAUUCCCUGAAACCUUAACUGAAUUACUCUUUGCUCAGAUACUGCCUGAGAAAUCUCAGCAAUUUUGUUCUUAUUUUGGCACAGCCUGUUUCUGUACACGUAUUCAACACUAUCUUAUUUUGUUCUAAUAUUUCAGUUGUUGGCCACAGGCUGCUGGGUAGAUCAAAAAUAAGAAUAUUUAAUGCCUUUCCUUAUGACCGUGAGCCUUCGCUAUGAGGUUGUGUUGUUCACACCUUGAGUGCUUGUUCAUCUGUUUUCCAUCGAUUCAAUAAUGGCAGUUUAUUGUGCACUAAAUCCAGUUUAUUGGAUUGCUUAGGUGCUUUUAGUCUUUGACUUCUCUGCAUCUAACUCUAUCCUCGACAACAUUUAUUGCCAGGUUUGUGAUACAUUCUGUCUUUUUCUGGAUAGAAUAAGAAGGAAAAAAUGGUAGCAUCGUUUUCAACCGGUUGUUUUAAGUAUUUAUCUUUGCAUUGUUCUUAAUUCCAAAAAUAAAAAUCUUUAAAGUG